GCUCCGGCCUCCAGUCUGCUUCUCUCCGGCCCGGAAAGGCCGGCUGCCUCGGAACAGUCUUGGAAGCGACUGGCUAGUUUAGGGUGGAAUACUGAAGCAACCGGAGUAAUGGCACCCAAAAGGCAAGAGAAAUCCAAACUUCCUAUUCCCCUUCCAAAAGGCAUGAUUCUCAAAGAUACAGAAGAGAAAACAUGGCAGUUGGGAAACAUGAUCGGUUCUGGAGGGUUUGGAUUAAUAUAUUUAGCUUCUUCAUGUGUUAGUAAACCUGUACGGGAUGAAGAUGCCCUUCACGUUAUAAAAGUGGAAUAUCAAGAAAAUGGUCCGCUCUUUUCAGAACUGAAAUUUUAUCAGAGAGCUGCAAAGCAAGACUGUAUCAAAAGAUGGAUGGCUCUCAAACAACUUGAUUUUUUAGGAAUCCCACAAUUCUGGGGAUCAGGUUUGGCUGAAUACAAUGGAAAAAGCUAUAGAUUCAUGGUUAUGGAAAGACUAGGAAUGGACUUACAGAAGAUCUUUGUCCAGAGAGGCAGGUUUCAGAGGCAAACUGUCCUGCAAUUGGGUGUGCGAAUGUUGGAUGUGUUGGAAUAUAUACAUGAAAAUGAAUAUGUGCAUGGUGAUAUUAAAGCAGCAAAUCUACUCCUGGGCUACAGAAAUCCCCAUCAGGUUUAUCUUGCAGAUUAUGGACUUUCCUACAGAUAUUGUCCCAAUGGGAACCACAAACAGUAUCAGGAAAAUCCUAGAAAGGGCCAUAAUGGGACAGUAGAGUUUACCAGCUUAGAUGCCCACAAGGGAGUAGCCCCAUCUAGAAGAGGCGACCUUGAAAUCCUUGGCUACUGCAUGCUGCAAUGGCUGUGUGGCAAACUGCCCUGGGAACAGAACCUGAAAGACCCUGUGGCCGUCCAGACUGCUAAAACAAAUCUUCUGGAUGAGCUCCCCAAUUCAGUGAUGAAGUGGAAUCCUUCUGGAAACAGCUGCCGUGAAAUUGCCCAGUUUUUGGCAUCUGUCAAUGGUUUAGCAUAUGAUGAAAAGCCCAAGUAUCAAAUGCUAAAGAAAAUACUGCUGGAUGGAUUGGAAUCAAAUGGAAUACUACACAAAGGGCUACUGGAAUUUUCUGCUGCUGGAUAUAUCAGGAGUCCAAAUGCUUCCUCAAAAGAUCAAAAAGUUAUUGCACCAAAGACCAUCACAAAACAAAUCAAUCAAAUUCCAAACAAGUCCAAAGAGGAGAGAAGUGCUGAGUCUCAUGUAAUCUGGAGACAAGUACAAAAAGAGAAGAUGGUUGGACUGAUUAACAAUGAAACAGCUCAGAAAAGCACAGUAAGAAGACACAAACAUCAGCACCAUCAAGAAUUUUUAUCAGGAGUACCAAAGCCCCCCAAUAAAACCAGCUAUGAGUACUUUUCAAACUCAUUUCGUGAAGAUUUUCCAAGUUCAGGUUUAUCCAGUCAUCAUCCAUCUUAUUAUACAGAUGAAAUGCCCACUCAAUUCAGUGCCAAGGGUACAAAGUUAAAAGAGUAUGAGAGCAAAGGGUUUUGGUCCACUGUUUCCCACCUUACACUCAGUGAAGAGACCAAGGCAGAUGUGUAUCACUAUAGUUUAACCAUAUUUUUUCUUUUGAUUUUAGUAGUUCUUUCUUUAUACUUUCUUUGAAGACAUCUGCUAAAUUCCUUCUGGUUAUUUUCUUAAUUUCAUCUUCUUUACCAAAAAAAUGUUUCAAGUUCUUGUUUCAGGGUUUCCUUCCAGACAUUUUCAGUGUAAUUGGCUUGGAAAAGAGAGAAUACUUUUUAAGUACAUAGAACUUGCAAAAAUAAAACCUCUGAAUCACAGAAA